AGUAGGUGGCGGGAAUGCACCUAUCGUGUGUUUGCCAACCGCCAUAAAACGCCGAAGAAGAAGAAGAAGCAGCAGCAGCACGUGACCAGAGAUCUUUGUGCAUUGAAGAUGUCGGCGUCCAUGUGCUGGAUCGGUCGAGCUUUUGCAAAAGCUCGCAACCCUCUUCUGUUGUCUUUGAGGCGAGGGCAUGCCUCUGUGUCUUAUGCUCAGAGCCUGCUGGGUGCUCCAGAAACUCAACUCACCACCCUAAACAAUGGCUUUAGGAUUGCUUCUGAAGAGACCAACCAGGCCACAUGCACUGUCGGCCUUUGGAUAAGCUGUGGGAGUCGUUAUGAGUCUGAGAAGAAUAACGGUGUUGGAUUUUUCCUGGAGCACCUGGCUUUCAAAGGUACAAAGAAGCACCCACAGUCUGCUCUGGAACAGGCAGUGGAGUCAAUAGGAGCGCACUUGAGUGCAUACACCUCCCGUGAACACACUGCAUACUACAUGAAGACCCUUGCCAAGGACUUGCCCAAAGCGGUGGAGCUGUUGUCAGAGGUGGUGCAGAGUUCAUCUUUGAGUGAGGCUGAGAUGGAGCAGCAGAGGGGUGUGGUGCUAAGAGAGCUGGAGGAGGUGGAAGGAAGCCUGCAAGAUGUUUGUCUGGAUCUGCUCCAUGCCACCGCCUUCCAGGGUACUCCCCUGGCCCAUAGUGUUCUAGGUCCCUCUGUCAAUGCCAGAACUCUGACUCGUCAGGAUUUGGUGGAAUACAUCAAUAGUCAUUAUAAAGCUCCUCGCAUGGUCUUGGCUGCAGCUGGAGGGGUGAACCAUGAUGAACUCGUGACUCUGGCUGAGCAACACUUCAGUGGUGUUUCUUGUGAAUAUGAGAGUGACGCUGUCCCUAUUCUGUCCCCAUGCCGUUUCACUGGGAGUGAGAUUCGCAUGCGUGAUGAUGCAAUUCCCUUAGCGCACGUUGCUAUUGCUGUCGAGGGAGCUGGAGCUACAAGUCCUGAUAUUGUGCCACUCAUGGUUGCCAAUUCCAUCAUUGGUAGCUAUGACAUCACAUUUGGGGGUGGCAAGCACUUGAGCAGUCGUCUGGCUCGUCUGGCUGCAGAGAUCAACCUGUGUCACAGUUUCCAGGCUUUUCACUCCUCAUACAGUGACACCGGACUGCUGGGCAUUUAUUUUGUUACAGACAAACAUAAAAUAGAGGACAUGAUGCACUGGGCUCAGAAUGCCUGGAUGAAUUUGUGCACCACAGUGACUGACAGUGAUGUGGCUCGAGCCAAGAAUGCUUUGAAGGCUAGCUUAUUGGGUCAGCUCAAUGGGACUACACCUGUCUGUGAUGACAUUGGCAGGCAUAUCCUCAACUAUGGUCGUCGGAUCCCAUUGGCUGAGUGGGAUGCCAGAAUUGAGGCUGUGACUCCCAGGAUGGUCCGUGAUGUCUGCUCUAAAUACAUUUAUGACAAAUGCCCAGCUGUGUCUGCAGUUGGUCCAAUAGAGCAGCUUCCUGACUACAACAGAAUGAGAAGUGCCAUGUACUGGCUCCGAUUCUAAAUGUUCCAGGACUGUCGUCUCUCUCUUUCCAACUCGUGUCCUCCUGUCAUAUUGAUACUCUCACUGAUAUGGAGUUAUUUGCUCCCUUGCCACCCUGUCCUCUCCAUAGCCAUCUCUCUCCAUAACUUAUAUGAUGAGUCAGAGAGAGGAAUCCAUCUGAUACAUUUACAUCUAGAAUAUCAUAUUUGAAGCACAGCUAUUUAUGAAUUAAUGUCAUUUUAUUUCUGUCCUUUUCGUGUAUAGCAAUAGCUCUUACACCAACUUCAAAUAAAAUGUUGUAUCAAAUA